AAAAAGAAAGAUAGAGCGCCGACGAUAUGGGGAAAAAAGAUAAGAAAAAGAGAAUAAGAAAAGAAAAGAAAAGGAAAGAAAAAAAAACAAAAAAAAAGAAUUAAAAUUAAGUAUAAAUUAAAGAGAGAACACGUCGACCCGUCAUAGAUUCAAGCACAAUAAGGACUAGUAGGGCCAGGCACAAUAAAAUUCGGCCGUCACGUUGUAGGCAGCGAUCUGUUAGAGUGACAAGUCAUAUUAAGUAUCUAUAUAUAGCGAGACUAUUAAAUAAACACAUAUUGUCUAUUGUCAGACGAGUGUAUCAUUCAUUGUUGACGUUAAAUUCGUUUAUCCUAUCCGACCUUCUGAUAAAACGGAUGCUAAAAUAAAAAACAAAUGCAUAGGAGAAUGUUCUACGCUCAUUGAUAUCUGAACCAUUCCUAUCCUCGAUGUUUUUCUAUUUUCUUUUUUUUUCUCUUUUUUUUUUUGAUAGAUACUACGAAACAAUCGAAAGUUUAAUAUUCGGAAGUAUCCAUGAAGUUGGUUGUAAAAAGAUAUAAUCACGUCGUUUGCGUAAUUAAUAUUAAUAUUUUAUUAAUAAUUGUUUCAUUUUAUCAAUUAUAAGAGAUCAUAGGAUUAAUAUUUUUUAUUAUAAUAUAUAGGAUAAUGGAGAAUCAAUUAAAUCUUCUUGCUUAUUCCAAUCAAACUGGUACAUAGAUCAUAAGAAAUAGAAUAUUUCUUAAAUAUAUUAGAGGUUAAUUAUAUAUAAUUUAAAUUAAUAAAAAUAUAUAUGUAUAUAUAUAAUAUUAUAGAUGAUUCGAAUAAUGGCAGACAAACCAUAAAUCAGAAAAUUUCAAAGAUAGAAAUGCAUACGAGAAUUUUCGCGUCUAUGUGUCCCGAUGAGAUUCUGGAUUAUUUUGACGAUUAUAGUAUAAGAGAGUAUUUAACAACGCUAAUGCUCGGUGAUAUAUCAGGCUUUACCGAUUUUGUUGAAAAAUAUACGAAAGCAGGUAAAGGUGGUGCAUCAAAAUUGACGGAGACGUUGAACGAUUACAUAGGUCAUAUGAUUCAAGAAAUUCUCUCGCAAAAUGGCGACGUAUUAAAAUUUUCCGGCGACUCUUUUAUCGUCAUGUGGAAGCUUAAAAACGAUACUAAUAUGCGCGACCUAGCAACUACGGCGAUUCAAACAGCUUGCGUUAUACAACAACAUUUUGGCAUUUAUGAGACUGACGUUGGUAUCACACUAAGAGUAAAACUAGCCAUAGCGUCUGGUACAACAUAUUUUACGUCUAUCGGUGAUCCAAAGAAAAUGUCGCAUUACAUGAUAACCGGUAGGCCUCUGUGGGAAGUUAAAUAUGCCGAACAACUUUGCAAAGGUGGCGAUAUUUUAGUAGCACUUAGCACCUGGCAAUGGAUAAAUCCAAUCGACUACGUCUAUGAAACACUUCCUGAUGGCUUACAUGUUCUUGUUAUAACUUGUUCUACCUUAUGGUAUACUUUGAAAAGCUCUUACAAUGAAAAACCGAACAAUGAAAAAGAUAACUGGAAUAAUAUGUUUUUGUUUGACGGAUCACCAUUAACAACGAAUAAUGACACUUCAGCGUUAACGAAUAUGUCGAACAACCUAAUGUAUCGAAGAAAAAUGAAAAUGGCCUACUAUGCUUUUUUCUUUUUUUUCUUUUUUUUUUCAGUACGACCAAAAAUCUUAAAAGUAGCGAAAGCACAUUUGAAAGACGCUUUGAAAAGUUAUAUAUUGAGACCGGUUGUCCGUUCAGUCGAAAUGGAUGAACCGUUGAAAUAUCUGUCCGAAAUGAGACAAGUCGUUAUUGUAUUUGUCAAUGCAACCGUCAAUGAAAUAAAAAAUAAACAAUUGAUAAGAUCAAUCGACGCAGCAUACAAACUCGUAUGCAGGAUAGUCAAUGGGAUGCAAGGAUGUGUCAACAAAACAUCUCUCUUUGACAAAGACUUAAUGUUUCUUUGCAUUUUUGGUUUGCGAGGAGAUAAACAUGAACUUGAAUCACAAAUCGGCCUUAAAUGUGGCUUCAGAUUGCGAAUUGCUUUGAAAGAGUUAACAAAUAUUACUGACGUCACUGUUGGCGUUACAACAGGGAUGACAUACUGUGGCGUUGUUGGUCACAUACUAAGAAAAGAGUAUACAGUUAUUGGAAUGGCGGUGAACAGAGCUGCUCGACUUAUGAUGGUUUACAAAAACAAGGUUAUAUGUGACAGAGAGAGUUUUCUUCAUUCUCAAUUAGAAGGUAGCCAUUUCAAAUUACAAGAGCCAAAAUAUUUGAAAGGAAUUAUAGACAUUGGACCAAUUUACGAGUUCGAGGAACAAGUCAAAGAUAAAACGUCGGAAUUGAUUUGGAGCAAAUAUCCCUUGCUAGGUCGAGCUAAAGAAAUGAAAAUCUUUCGAAACUUAUUAGCAAUUAUGUUAGACUAUACAAUCAUGAAAAAUCAUUCAACAACUGAACCACAGUACAAUACAUUGAUAAUAAAGAAAAACGAGGAUGUUAGACGAAAUGGCAUUAAACAUACCAAAUGGUAUCCCAUCAAAUUACAUUUCUCUUGUUUCAACAGACAUGCAGAACAGAAGCCGUACACCUUAUUCCAUCUAAUAUUCUCUUUACCCUUGAAAUUCUCAUCAACGUCAACUUCAAAGGAUCGAGAAGACAAGUUGAUGCGUUUAUUAAACAAUAUACUUUAUCCUGAAUAUCUCUGUGUGUUGAAUGAAGUCUUCAAUGUUCGUUUCCCAUUGACCGAAGAAUACACAACUUUUAAGGAAUUAGAAAAGCAUAGGAUACUUCAAAAACUUUUAAUAUAUCUAACAAAAAAAUGUUUUCAAAAACUCUGGAUCAUCAUUAUUGACAAUAUUGAAUACGCCGACGAAGAGUCAUUGAACUUUUUCGAUAUUCUUAUCAACACCAAUAUGUUUUUGUUCGUCAUUAGUGUUGGUCGAAAAGUUGAUGCAGAAUACAAAUUGGCUAAUACAUUAUUGAAAAGAGCACGAGUACGUAAAUUUGUAAAAAUCAAAUUUAUUCAAGAACGAAGUUUAGGAAAUCCAGGCUGGAUCGAAAGUUAUUUGGUGAGUCUCAUGCAAAGUAAUAAUCUAGAAAUCAUAAAUGUUACCAGAAAAGAAGCUGAGUCAAUGGGAUAUGUUUUACCUGAUUUAAAAAUGUUAAAAAGGUAUUUACCUCGCGAGGAUAGAUGGGAAAUGUACGAGACAAGUUAUAUGAAUGAUGCAAUGUUAUCGAUCAAUAACACAAUUCAUCAAGAUGAAAUCGAUUUGAAUAGCGAACUGAUAAGCGUAGCUUUUUCAAAAGCACUAGAAAACUCAUUAAUGAAUAGUAAUAUGCGAAUAAACUUUGACGUACUUAUUUUAAAAGUGUUCGAUGCUUUAACGCCACUCGAUCAAUUAUUACUUAAAUGUGCUUCUAUACUUGGCGUAUUUGUUUGCCGAAAAAUGUUGGAAAGUAUAACUGAAAUGUCUAAGAAAGACACAGGAUUAAGUAAGAUUGGAUUACUAUAUAUAUAUAUUAAAUUUAACAGUAUGAUAAAUAUAUAUUACAUUUACUUUGAAUCCCAUUGUCAUUUAGAGGAACUGGCCAAUAUGCCGAAGUAUGCAUCAUGCGGUCUCAUACGUUUCAAGAUAACGAUAUUUCAAGACACAACAUAUAGAUUACUCACGGAGAAUCAAAAAUUGGAGUUGCACAAGAAGGCACUCAAAUAUUUAGAACGAAAUACCAGACGUUGCAAAUCAUGUGGUGAAGGAUAUUUUUCGAAAUUAUUAGGUGAAAAAUUCUUGGACGAAGUAGGAAAAACACCGAUAGAAUAUCCAUUGAAUAUAAGACAAUUUCAUGGAAUAGGUUCAAAAUUAUUCGACAUACCCAAAAUAAAAAGUAAAAAUGUUUUAACCAUUAAAAAGAGUCCACCUUAUUUAAAUAUUUUAAGAAAAUCAGAGAGAAAACUAAUACGUACUUUUUCCAACAUUGAUUUCACUAAUUGUGAAUGUAAUCUGAUAUUAUUAACUGUUUAUACACAAAUGGUUGAGCAUUGUCGUAGAAUUGGUAAAUUUUGUGAUAAUGAUAAAACUUUAAUCGCUAUAUUGGAAUUCGCUGAAAUAUGCAUUGAAAAUCAAAAUGUUCCUCAAGCAAGGAAAUUAUUAAACGAAGCUGAGACUACACUUCAACAGAUAUUCGAUCCAAACAAAAACGAGGUAAUUACAUUUCUUUAUCUCACUGCAAAGAUUCAAACCUUGCAAGGUAAAUGUUAUUUCGAAUCUGGCUACACUUCAGAAGCUGAGAAAAGCUUGGACAAAGCGAUGAAAACUUUAGGCUACCAUUUUCCACGAACAAACAUAAUGAUCAAUCUGAAAACUAUAUUUCAAUUAAACAAACUUAAAUUAUUAUUAUUAUUCUGUUCGAGAAAACGUAAAAGUGAUAACGACAAAAACAAUUAUGCUACGAAAUAUACAAAUCAAUUAGCGUAUUGCUUGGCUCAAAUAUUCGAAGUUUAUAAGAAUACUUUCGACCUGUUCAAAAACUUUCGGCAUAUCCUGUAUUGCUUAAUUUUAAUUUCUUUUAAUCUUAACCUAAUCUUAAUUUCUAAGAUUAAAGGUAUGAAAAAAGAGACUCGAUUGGCAGCAAUAUGGGCAUUAAACAAAGCAUGUUCUACCAGCGAUUUCUUGGUACUAUCCAUAUGUUACACCAACAUGCUGACUAUUGGCCACAUGUAUUGCACGAAGUUUGUCAGUAACAUCAUUAAAUAUUUGGAAAACGAAAGCAUCGAUUUGUGUAACGAAGAAGUUAGAAUGAUAGAGUAUCAAGAUCUCAAAAUAAUUAUUGAACUUUAUGCCGGUGUUUUUUUCUCACGUUGGCUAAGAGGACAAAUUAACGAGGCCAUCGACAUCGGUUUCAUCAUUAUCAGAUUAGCAAAAUCUAUUAAUUUAACAAAUACCGAAUGUAUUGUUUUACCAAGACUCAUUAAUCUUCUGAUGAUCUCUUGUCGUUAUUCCGAAAUUGUCUCAAUAUUACGAGACUUAGAAUUUGUGUCGAAAAACCAUAUGGACAAGUCCGGUCGUACGUGGUAUUACGCGACGUGUGCCGAAGUACAAUUGGAUAUAGGAUUGAUAGUUCUUUCUUAUCAAAAUUGCGAACGUUAUUUUUUGAAAGAAGGUGAAAAUCUUUUGAGCCUGCGAGAUUCAGAAGCCGAAAGACGAUAUUUUAUAUCAAUGUGGCUAUGGUGUAUUAGAAACAAAGAAUGGGCAGCAUCUAAGGUAUGGAUAAAAAAAAAAGUUGAAAAAAAGAGUACUGACGAAGACUUAGUCGCAGCCACUAUUACGGAUUUGAAAGAACUCGAAGGAAUGCUCAUUUCUUACGUACAUUAUGUGAACAAUUAUGACGCCAAAGCUAUAAAUAUUAUGACGAAUAUCAAAGCUUCUUUAAAAAAUAUUAAAAAGAUGGUGAAAAUCGUGAAAAUUGCGAGACCAAGGUACAUAUUAAUAAAAGCUUACUAUUACAUGGUUCGGGGUUACAAAAAGAUGGCUAUAAAGAUUUUACAAAAAGCUAUAAAAAUAUCUUUCAAAAUGGAUAAUAAAAUGAUAUAUGGAUGGGCAAUGCAUUGUAAACAAGCUUGGGAAGGAAAAUUGCCAUUGAUAGAACGUAACUUGUGGCAACAACAAUCGAUGAACCCUUCGUCUUCAACUUGGAACGAAAUUAAUACGAACGAAACGAAAGUUAUCUUUUAUACAUUGCCAGUACCGACCUAUUAAAUCUUAUAUUUUGUUUUAUUGAAAUGAUUAUUUAAUGAUAUAAUAUAUUCUAUUGUACAUAAAAAGUAAUUAAAUCUAUUCGAUAAACACACGCACAAUAUACCCAACGCCUUCUCAAAUCAAACUGAUCGUAUGUCAAGGUUACUAUUUUAUAAAAUGAUAUUACGCAAAGAAAACAAUGAUCAUUGGUUAAACUUAUAAAAUGACAAGGGGCGCCAUUUUAAGAUUAAUUUUAAAAAUAAUACAAACGCUUUAAAUUGUAAAUAUAUAUUUAUUUUUAUAUAAUAUAUCCAUUGGAAAUUGUAUAAUUAUUUAAUAAGUACUUUAUUUCUCGGUUUUCUUGUUACUUUAAAUUUUCUGCGUGUUUCCUCUAAGCAGUGCAAUUAAUUGAAAUAAAAAAACAAAAGACUAACUUGUUUGAUUUGGAAAACUUCAAUAAAUUCAGUAACAUGUCCAGAAACAAAUUAUUUUAAAUCUAAACAAAAAUAAACCUUUUGAUUGCAAAAUUUCAAUUUAUCAAACUCCUACAUCUUAUCAACAAAUAUGUCGUAAGCAUAAAAUAAUAUAUUUUGUAUCAUGAAAAUCAAAUUAAAAAUACUUUUAUUAUUAGGUGUUUUCCGUGCUCUCCUCCAAGCUGUUAUCCAGCAUGUGCACCAAUAUGUCCUACACCUUGCGUACGACCCUGCUAUACAUGUCCAAUAAGGGUAAGAUUUGAUUUGACAUAUUUAUAUUCUAAUUGUGUCAAAUUUUAUGGUAAUAUAAAUAUUAAAUCUAAAUUGAUCUUCCUAUUUUUUUUAGAAUUAUUUUAUUAAUUAUUAUUUCUAGAAUUUUAUAAUUAAUAAAUAUUCACAUAUAUAUACACAGGUCUGUCCGCCUCCACCUUGUCCUACACCAGUAGUCUGUUGUCCACCUAUGAUACCUAGCUUUUCCUGCGGUCCUUGCAGUCCUUGUGGUCCUUGUAUUCCUUGCGUGCCAAAAUGCUAUCCUUGUGCUCCAGCACGAAUUAUAUGCAUGCCUACCUGUCCACCUUGCAGUACUUGAUUAUUAUCUUCUUAAAUUGAAACUUAUUAUUUCUUCAAGAUUUCACAAAUACAUAUCAUUUAUAUUUACUUUUCAUUGCAGCAGUCAGAGUAUACAGAUGUUAAUACAAUUCUAUUCAAAACAAAGUUUGGACUAACAUGCUUUCAUAUAAAUGACUUUUUAAACUUUCAAAAAUGAACAGCAGUUAUAUAAAAAUAAAAUACUGUACCCCAUAUUGUCAACUGUAGCAAAUAUCAACAAUAGAUAAUAAUAGAUAACGA